GGAGUGCAGAGGAGUUGGGACUGACUGCAGCAGGGGAUAGUGUGACCGGUCACCAUGACGGACCAGCAGGCGGAAGCCCGGUCCUUCCUCAGCGAGGAAAUGAUCGCUGAGUUCAAAGCUGCCUUUGACAUGUUUGAUGCUGAUGGUGGUGGUGACAUCAGCACCAAGGAACUGGGCACAGUGAUGCGGAUGUUGGGCCAGACGCCCACCAAAGAAGAGCUGGAUGCCAUCAUAGAGGAGGUGGAUGAAGAUGGCAGUGGCACCAUCGACUUUGAAGAGUUCUUGGUCAUGAUGGUGAGACAGAUGAAGGAGGAUGCGAAAGGAAAGACUGAGGAGGAGCUGGCUGAAUGUUUCCGUAUCUUUGACAGGAAUGCUGAUGGCUAUAUUGAUGCUGAGGAGCUAGUGGAGCUCUUCCGAGCUUCAGGAGAGCAUGUGACAGAUGAAGAGAUCGAAUCUUUAAUGAAAGAUGGAGACAAGAACAACGAUGGCCGCAUUGACUUUGAUGAGUUCCUGAAGAUGAUGGAGGGUGUGCAGUAAGAAUCCAGCACAGCUCAGUCUUGUUUUGCCCCACCCUGCCCUGUCCCACAAGGGUUCAAUCUGAGAUUCAACUGGCUCCCAUCUCCCUGAGAUCAUUCAGGACUGUUCAUCCCUCCCCAUUGUCUUCUGCUGCCCUAUUCCCUCCCUUAUGUGAUAUUCCCUCUCCACUCCCUCCCUUGCCCUCCCUUUCCUGGGCCAGGAAUGUGUAAAUGUCAGUA